GCCUCUGUGUAGUGGAAAGUGAGAAAGGGAACUAAGAGUAGGGGGGAAAAACCAUGAAUGGACAAAAAUUUUUAUGAAUGAAACUACGUUUUUAAUCGUACUUGGAACUUGACUUCAAAAUUACAUCAUUUCUUUUUAUUUUUUUAAUAUGAUUGCAUAAAAGGCUGUCUCUAUUGCAAUACUUGGAAAAAGUAAUUAUAAUUAGAAAGCUAAAUGAACAAUAAAUAUUGUAAUAUUUUCAUUGAAAACAUUUAAUAAAAGACGAUUUCUUGAUAUCUAAGUGAUAGUAAUUCUGGAAAAUGAAAUUUUUCCUGAAAAUAUAGAUAAUUGUUUGAUAAACAUCAGAAGAGUAUUGGUAAUAAUGAAGGUAUUUAUUGAUUGUGUUGUAAUGUGAAUGUUAUAAACGAGAGAAAAAUAGCCGCGGGUGUGAAAGACGAUGGCUAAUGGGGUCCCCACCUGGUGCAGCAGUAGCCGAGAAACUGCGAGAAACGACAAGCGAGGCUGCGUCGAAGCAGUGUUAUAUAGCGUCGAUGUACCAUCAGGGUUGCAUGAGUGGUGGGAGCGAGAGAGCAUAGCAGAAGAGAGACUGCUUGGUUGAAAGCUUGCCUGGUCAGGACGUCGACAAAAGGAAAAGGAACAAGUAAAAUGAUGAGAGAAGACGGAGAAGGGCGAGAUUGGGAGCAGGAGCGAGUAUGAGAGCAGGGUAAGGGGAGAUAGAGAGGAGGCUGAAGUUUGAGGGACAUAGCAAGCGAGAGGUAAGGGUGGGGGCACCCAUUCAUACUUUGCCUCUAGUCUACGACUCCAGUUCACCACGGCAUACCUUCGUGUAUCCCGUGGGCGCCAUUCUACGCCGACACUCACCUACUAUUCGACCUGUUCAAUUUUACUCUCUCAUCUGACCACGACGACGUGAUACAACAGGAGUCCAAUGAAAAGAGAUAUAAUCCUAGGGUUAAGUGUCAAACUGUUUUUCAUUUUUAUUUGAAAACGUGAAUCAAUAAUCGAUCGUUAAUCACCAUACACUUGAAGAAUUCUUAAAACUUCUGUUUUUAAACGUGUUUCAUUGAAUUUACGUUUUAUCUUCUUUCACCAUACUCUAAUAUGUGCUUGAAUUUUAAAUUACGCGGUAUUUUGGCUUUCUAUCAGUUAGUUUGUUUACUGUUAUCUUUGUUAUUAUAAAUACAUGUGUGAUGUGACAGACUAUUUGAAAUUUUGCAAUGUGAUUGUGGUACACUUUUAUCACAUAAACAAUAAACAUCUGAGAUAAACAUUGAAUUCACCAGUUAAUUCUAAAAAACAAGAGAAGUAACGUGUCAAUAUAAAACAUAAAGUUAAACAAAAAAAUGAUGCUCAAAAUGAAAAAUCUAAGGAUAAUAUUAUCGUUGUUAAUUGCUACAUAUUUUACAACCUGUUUGGGUAAUCUUCUGGGACUUGAGUUUGAUGACGCUGGAGAAGAGUUUCUCAAUGAGUAUCUAUCCUUUGAUGAAGAUAGAUAUUUGGCGGAGCUUCAAGACUUUCAGGAUGCGGCCAUCGAGAUUGAUUUAAUUGACACGAAGAAACAUCGACGACAUCCCCAUCAAAAGCCACGAGUUCUUUAUCAAAUUGGGGAAAGUGAAGAAGAACUACCAGAAUGCUCACACAGUGAAGUAUGCAGCAAAGUUGAUCUUUAUGGAGCACCAUGGGUUGAAAGGCAAUGCCGAUGUCCAGAGGGACAUACUUGCCCCAAAAGUCUACAUGCCGAUGAUGGUCAUACGAUAGUUGACAAAACACGGCAGUAUAAGCUCUGUGAACCUGUCAAACGAUUACCUAUAUGCCGUUACUUCAAAGAUGUAACGUGGACACUUGCACCAGGUGGUGGACCCGGAAAUACAACUGUGCAAAAAAUUCAUUGUCGUUGUCGUCCCGGAAGUGUACCCUAUCUUGUGAAAAGACAACCGUAUAGAUCAUCCGAGGGAAACUCUGGCUUUAUCUACGCUUUUGCAUGUUCUCCACAAAGUCGCCUAAGAUGUCAACUGAAAGAACCAUGCAGGCUUUUUACAGUUCGGAAAAGACGUAGUUCUCAGCUAGAGGAAGUAAAUGCAUCACCACUUUGUCAAUGUCCAAAAGGCCACAGGUGUCCCAGAAGACAUACAGACCCUGGUUCACUACCAGCAAGAUCUUAUUCUGGAGUGCUUGAAAUAAAAACCUAUAGUGGUUACUGCGUACCAGCACACCACAAUGAACCAGUUUAUAUUCUAUGAGAAAAGUAUGCAAUAUAAAUUUUUUAAAUUAUAAUAACUACGUUCGAUGGCAGAGAACUUGUAUCAAUUAAUUAUUGUAAAUUUACAAAAUCAUUUUUUAUAUUAUCUUCAAUUUGUUCAAACGCAUCAGAUGUCUACACAGGUUCUGAGUUACCAUAGAAAUUGUGUUUGAAAGAAAAUCAUACAACCUAUUUUAUCAACCGUUGGAGUUAGAAGGUUGAAAAAAAAAACAAAAAAAUUAAAAAA